AUGAGAGGCCUAUCCGGAGCCAGUGAAUCUCCUUCGGGGAAGCGUCCAAUUUCAUUUGAAGACUUGAAAUGUCUCAUCAAAUCUCCACCUGAUAUUGAUGAUCCAGAGGUUUUAUCAUUUAUUCUAAAAAAUCAAGAAAAUACAAUUAAACGCAGUCUUAAGCUAUUAAAUCAAAAUAUUAGCGUUGUUUAUCAAAAUUGGCCUGAUGCCUCUCCUGUUAGAAUCUACAUUGCUUAUGAAUUAUGCAAUAAUGAUAUUGAAACUUUGUUAUUAGAGCUUUCAAAACCAGAAUUUAACAGAAAAGUUGAUGAAACAAUGAAAGAGCGCUUAACUGGUGUACAUGACACAACCUCUUCUGAACAUCAGGAGGAAGAAGAUGCUGAAGAAGAGGAGGAAUUUCAAAAAGGCGAUAACGAUUAUAUAAAUCACGAGCCUCCACCAAUGUACGAGCGUAAGAAGCGCUCGCAUGAAAAAAGCACAUAUUCAUCUGAUGAUGAUGGUCAAAGAAUACGAAGACGACGUCCUAAAGCAGAAACAGUACCUAUUGAUCCAUCAGAACCUUGUCCAAAAGGUGUAAGUACAGAAGCAUGGCUUCAUUGGAGCCCAGCAAAAAGAAAAUCAUAUAUUCAAGGAAUGAAAAAUCCAAACGCAUAUUUUUAUCGAAAUGUUGCACCAGGUGAGAAAUAUAUUACAGGACCUUUCACUCCUGAAGAAAAGAAGAUAUUUUUAAAGAGAGUUGAGGAAUUCAAGGAUAAAACAACAGGAACGAUUACUGGUGAAUGGGGUUUGUUCUCCAGAGCUUUGCCAGGACGUGUUGGCUAUCAAUGCUCCAACUUUUAUCGUAAGCUGAUUAAUAGUGGUGAAUUAUAUGAUCCAAAAUAUGUUAGAUCUGAUGAUGGAAUGAUUCACCAUACAAGCCACUUGAAGAGUGCCCAUGAAAAGGUACAAAAUACACUUGAAAAGCCAAAGAAGUUUUCUCAUCAUGCAAAGCCAAUUGAUGACGAUUGUAUUAACUCUAUUUCAUUCUUUUCUUCAACUCUUCUUGCUGAACAACAGAAACAUCCUUCACAAUAUCCUUCUUCCACAAGUAGGUCUGAAUCUUCCGAUGGAUUAAGCUUAUAUGAAAGAUAUGCUGCAAAUAAUCCAAUUCCAAACUGGACAGAUCCUCUUACUGGCGAGAUCAUGAAAGCACCAGCUGUUUCUCCAGAUUUGACAUUGCUUGAUUAUAACACUUGGCUCCAGACAAUCAAACAGACACACGAAGAUCCAUUCACAAAGAAGCCUAUUACUAAAAGACAGAUUACUGUUCUUAGCAAGGAGAACUGGGAUGAAUUCAAAGAUAGAAUUAUUGAAAAAUAUGCAGAGCAAUAUGCUCCUUCUGAUUUUGUUAAUGAAUAA